UCACAGAUAUGCCCAUUCCUUCCUUCCAUCCAGACACGGCACCUAGCUCCGUAGGAUCCAAAUAGGGGAUUGUCUCAAUUUGAAACUCUCCUCCUAUACUAACCUAACCACCUCGGAGUAACGUAUGUACCUGCGACACGACGACGCAACAUCAAAUAGGAGUCGGAGUAGGAGAAGGAGUAGCCGCACCCCUUCGCCCCCCCGACUCCAGCACGAGCCGCGCUGCACACCACACCGGCAUCGACGAUCUGCUGAACCCGCUGCGGCGCCAACUCCCACGUCUCCGUGCGCUGCGGCGCCGCAUUUACCACUACCACCACCACCACCACGACGCCACCCACCAUCACUCAAGAGAUCCAUGCUCGCUCGCUCGCUCGAGGUAAAGAGAAAGUGAGAGAGAGAAAGGAAGAGAGCAAAGACAGAAAGAGACAAAGAGCAAAAAAAAAAAACCCCCCCACUCCCCCCAUCUACUCCGCCCCCUCCACCACCGCACCCCCAAGACCCAACCCAGCAUAAACCGCCCGCUCGCACCUC